GAGCGCCGCGUUUGCGCACGCGCACAACCGCAGGGCCGCGCAUCUCCGAUCUCGCUGAAAACGUUUUCCAGGGGUUGAGCGGUUUGCACAAUGUCUGAAAUGGCCGAGCUGUCUGAGCUGUACGAAGAGAGCAGUGACCUGCAGAUGGAUGUGAUGCCUGGCGAGGGUGACCUUCUGCAGAUGGAGGUAGGCAGCGGGAACCGGGAGCCAUCCCUGCACCCCUCCCGCAGCGGGGCCCCGCCACAGCUCGAGGAGGAAGGCCCCAUGGAGGAGGAGGAGGCCCAGCCAAUGGCGGCGCCGGGGGGAAAACCCAGCCUUGCUAACGGGCCCAACCCCGGGGAGCAGGCAGGCCAGGUCGCGGGCCCAGACCUCGAGAGCGAGGACGAGGGCGAGGAAUUUGAUGACUGGGAAGACGACUACGACUAUCCGGAAGAGGAGCAGCUGAGUGGUGCCGGCUACAGAGUAUCUGCGGCCCUUGAAGAAGCCAACAAGAUGUUUCUGAGAACAUCCAGAGCCAGAGAAGCAGCCCUGGAUGGCGGCUGCCAGAUGCAUUACGAGAAGACCCCGUUCGAUCAGUUAGCGUUUAUCGAAGAGCUCUUUUCACUUAUGGUUGUCAACCGUCUGACCGAAGAACUCGGCUGCGAUGAGAUUAUUGAUAGAGAGUAGUUAAAUGCUGUUAAAAGAGGAGGAAACUACUUGAGGAGAGACUCGACUUUCCACUAUCUUUUGGGUUCAUUCCAAAUAGUUCUGUGCCAUUGAAAAACUUGAUCUCCAAAAAAAGAAAAAAAGGUUUGUUUUCGUUUUUCAGAACGGAAGACAAUAGGAAAGUGACUGCACAGUUGUGGAAAAGGAAGAGAAUCAUUAAAGAAAAAGGCUCCCAGGACUGUUGAAAUCUGUUCUCAAGAAUGGCCUGAAACACCUACGGCUUUGACUUUGGUGUUGAUCCAGAUUAUUUUCCUUACCUUGGGGAAAAUAUCUUUCAUCUUUGUUUCACUAUAAAGAUGGUUUUGCGGGAGUAAGUCGUGACCAAGACAAACUGCCAAUAAAAGAGCCCCACUGAUACUGAUUAUAUAAUGAGAAAAACAAUACCCAGCUAGAACACAAGAUAUCUUUUGAGUUAUUUGGACUGAAACGCUGUUAAGAAAACGUUGAAAAUGCCACUUUGUGAUCUCUUCAAGCUGUAGUUAUCGAAGGCUAAAUUUUCAAUGUAAGAUAAAUGGAGUGUUCUUCAUUAUCCCAAAAGGAUGAGUAACUCAAAAGAAAUAUAUAUCACAUGUGUUGCAUCUUAAAAUGUGUCUCCAGGAGCAUAUAAUAUUCUGUUUGUACAUGUAUCUUGAUCAUUUAUAAAACUACUGUGAUCUGUAAUUCAAGAAAAUCCAUUGUGACUUUUUAAAAGUCAAAAAUUAAAACAUCCUUAAUAAAAAGGUUUCAAGUCAUUAAAAUAUAUGUGAAAGUGCAAAGAAAACAAACUAUUUCUAACACCCUUAUAUACUAGAGAAAUUUUGUUUUGCUCUCUUUUGCAUUUAACUUGACAGGUGAAAGACUAGUUCAUAUCGUAAGAAUUGUUAGUGAAAAUUGUCAAGUAAAAGGAAAGCCUUACAUCUAAAAAGAUAGCUGCUCAGAAAUUAUCUUGGUGUCUGAAAUUUUCCUCUGUCUCCUCCUCUAAUUAAGCUUGCUAUUUGUUAUGCACCAGCAUUGGAGAUAAUAAAAUUUCUUGUUCUGUGUA